AUGUCGUCCGGAUCCAAUGGUGCUCGGCGCAUAGCGUCGCUUCUACGUUCCUCAAAACUCGACUCCGGCGUGUGCAGAAGCUGUCAAGAAACCCUGGGCCGCCGCAACUACGCUUCCGCUGCGACUACGAGCGCGACUGAGUCGACCCCGGCCACACCAGAAGUCUCCUCUGCGGCGCCUCCUUUCCCCUACACCAUCAAUGCCGGCGUGGUGCUGUCCCGCCCGCCUCAGGUGACCCGCGACCUUGAGCCCUUUGAGAAGGCCUUCUAUUUCUACCAGAAGCGAUUGAACGAGCGCCUAGCUCUUCCAUUUACCAAAUACUUUUAUUUCAAGCGUGGAACCCCGGCGGAUGAGGACUGGAAGAAGAAGAUUCAGGAGCGCCGGACCCCGGCACGCGACAUCGGCAAGUACAACGCGUACGCCAGCGACUCGUGGAACGACGAACUUCUUCUAGGUGCGAAGGAGGCUGAGCCCGAGCACCAGGUCGAGAUGCUGGUGCAAGAUGCCGAGUCGACAGCCAAUGCUACCUCCCAGGAUACCAGCAAGAAGGAAGAGAUACCGCGGCCAUUCUCGCGGGUGACAGAGGCCGAUAAGAAGGGAGACCACAAGAGUUUGAACCGAUUAUUGUCGCGAACUCUAUACCUGCUCGUUCAGUCGAAGGAGGGGUACUGGAAGUUCCCCAGUACACCUGUGGAAGCGAAAGAGACUCUUCGCGAGGCUGCCGAGCGUACACUCUCCCAGACUGCCGGUGUUAAUAUGAACACCUGGAUGGUCGGCUACCACCCCUUCGGUCACCAGGUCUACAAGAACCGCAAAGCCCACGUCGACAAGGCAACCGGUGCCGAGAACCACGGCGAGAAGACUUUCUUCCUCAAGUCCCGCAUCAUGGCCGGUCAGGCUGACCUGUCCGCCAACAAGGACCUGAAGGACUUUAAGUGGCUGUCCAAGGACGAGAUCGCGAAGUACGUGCUGCCGCAAUACUACAGCAACAUCAAGAACAUGCUUGCCGAUCGGUAA